AGGUGCUUUGUGAAGAAAGAGGACUUGGUCUUGGUUUUGUAGUCCGUGCAGAAGUGAACUUGAAUGGUGGCAUAAAUUAAUAAUACAUGCGAGUGGCAUUAAUGCUUGAAAGCGGUAUAAUUUUGGAAAGUUAUGUUAAUUGUUGCGAUUCUAUUAUCAAGAAUGAAGAUAUGUCAUACACGAUACGUAUUUACAUUCGUGUUUCGCGCGUGAUAGUCACAAUCUAUCGAGCGCAUCGAUCGUUGCCAUCGCGCUGGUGCAGGCAGUCGCGAGUCGUCUGCCAUCGUGGGGACUGUGACGAGGUUGAAAUUCGUGUGCGAAUUUAGGAAUUUGCAAUCGUAGUUCGUAUAUCACAUCUUUUUAACGAAAACUUCGCGUGUUUCGUGGCGAAUCGCCGCAAUUGCGGCUGUACAGAUUCGACGAGAGCAGCUAAGGCUAAACGGGCGCAGCUGAAGAUGUGCGGCGGUUUUACGUGCUCUAAAAAUGCGCUGACAGCACUCAACAUCCUUUACAUCGUUGUUGCCUUUAUAUUGAUAGGAGUUGCUGUAUAUGGCAGGGCAUCUGCCUUAGUGACAAAUCUCCCCAUUAUCGGUGGUAUUUUGGCAUGUGGAGUGAUACUGUUUCUCAUUUCUAUUUUGGGUCUGAUUGGUGCUGUUAAACACCAUCAGGUUUUACUGUUCUUUUACAUGCUUAUCUUAUUCCUUUUGUUCCUGAUUCAAUUCAGCAUUGCAUGUGCUUGUCUCGCUGUGAAUACUAAACAGCAAGAACAACUUGCAGAAGAGGGUUGGACACGUGUUGAACUUGAUCUAAAAACAAAAGUUGAAAAUACUUUCAACUGUUGCGGAUUUAACAAUACGAAUGAUGCAAAUUUAGCUUGCAAGGAUCCCACUAAGGUUUGCUGUCCAACAACUGAUGUCAACCUAAUGUCUAAUUGUCCACCUUGUCCGACAUGUAUGCACAAACUGCAAUCCACCAUUGAUUAUGCAUUCAAAUUGUGUGGCAGCAUAGGAUUAUUCUUUAGUUUUACAGAGGUGAUUGCAGCUUUCUUGGCAAGAUAUUACCGAAAUCAAUUAGAUCCACAGGAAAAAGCUGCAAGAGCCAUUUUUCCGCGACAUAAUUAUUUAUAUUGAUUCGGCAGCACACACAUACAUGCAUUUGAAAAAAAAAAUGAACAGUUAUUUCACGAUAAUUUUCUUUAGUAUGAAGAAAACAAAAUAUAAAGUUUAUUUUUGAUUGCUCAUAUAUGUUAUGCAACAUAAGGGCUAAAUAUUUCAAUAUUUCGUUUUAAUAUACUGUGACGGUUAUGCAUGCGCGAUGCUCAACGAAAACAGGAGAUUACAUUUUUCAACUGGGCAAUCAUAGGUUUUAGAGUGAGUUAGAUUAAUAAUAAUUGAAAUGUGUGCUCUAGUCAUACACUUAGAACACUCAUAACAAGCCUCAAUGCGCCUUGUAGUCUAGAGACGGAAAACAUCACGUGUUUACGUAAGUAUUUUUUGAUUAAAUUUUAUUGCAUUUAUUCCAAAAAUUUGAUAAUUGAACUAAGUGAUGAAAAUCUAUCAUAUUAUUAUAAUUAUAUUGUGUAAUUUAAUGAUUUAAUCAUAAUAUUUACAACCAUUUUAAAAUAUACAGAACGAUGUAAGCAUGGAACAAAGGAAAAUACGCAAUUUUUUUUAAAUAUUUUUUUAUGGAAGAGUAUAAUCUAUCAUGAUAACAGUGUAGAUGAUAGCAUCCACGAUCGUAUCAUAAUCAUAUUUUUCUUGCAUAAAUAACAUAUAUAUAUAUAUAUAUAAAUAACUAUUCAAUGAUAUAAUAUCUGGAAAUUUAUAUCUUCCCAAAUAAGAUAAAUUCUGUCAUAUCGUUUUUGAGUACAUUUAGAUAACUUUAUAAUACUUUUAUGUCUGAAGAGAGAAAUUACUUU